AUAGGUGCUUGAUAAAGGAGAGGGGGAUUCAGAUUGGGUAGGGUGAAUUUACUGCUUUGGGAGUAUUCUUCUGAGAUACAAGGUUUGACAUUCUGUCAGGGACCGCAGGAGUUUGUGUGAACUUGCUACAAGGAUGGCUUCUAGAAGCAUGAAAGGAAGCUACGGCCCGUGCUCAGUGAGGUUGAAAUUGCUGGACCCCUGACAGAUGGCAGCUGAAGGCUAAACCGCUCAGGGAUUGUGAAGCUGGGAUACAUAUGAUGACUUUCUAAGGAUCAGAACUAUCAUGAUUGUGGAGGCCAAGUGGAGGCCUCUGUACCUGUUUCCAUCCCUGGUCAAAAUAAAACCAGAUUCAUCCUGGAGGUUGGCCGAAAUUUCCAUAAAUUCACCCAGAUAGUAGCCCCAACUGAGGCUGCUAUGCCAGAUGUAGUCUCUUCGCUCAAGCCAGAUUCAUGACUUCUCAGGUUGGUGGAGAUGAGUGGACAAGACCCUCUCAAUCUCUUGGAUCUUGCAGCACAGAGCCUGCGGAAUGAGAAGGCCUCAGCUGUACGUGACCUGGAAGAGCUCCCUGUGGGCCUUUUCCCAACUCUGUCCACAGCAGCCUUUGAUGGGGGACACACGAAGACUGUGACAGCAAUGGUGCAGGCCUGGCCCUUUCCCUGCCUCCGUCUGGGACCGUUAAGAGAUCAGUCAAGAACUCAAGACCUCUUGGAAGCCGUCCUGGAUGGGCUGGAAUUGGUUCCUCCUAACGCAGUUUGGCCCAGGAGAUCAAAGCUGAAGGUGCUGGAUUUUACCCAUGACGUUGAGCACUCCAACUGGGAGGAGUGCUCGGAGGCUACUCCUGCACCCUUUGUCAUCACUCACAUGCUAGAAGAGCCGGAGGCGGACAAGCUGACACCCAGUUACAAAGAACGGCCUUAGCAUCACCGAGAACCCGAGGAAAUACACAGAGACCUUUUCCUAGGUGGUUUGUUCGGCUUCUUCCACCUGUCUGGGUUCCCCUCGUACAUACUCCAGAGAGUCGAGAAGAACCAUGGCGGUCUGCGCCUCCACUGUCAGACACUGGUCAUUGUCCAAGUGCCAUUCCUCAGCCUUGUCGAGAUCCUGGGGAUGCUGGAGCUGGAGACCAUCCGGGAGCUGAGGCUUCAUUACAGGAGUACGUUCUGCUCCCGUUCUGACCUAAUCCAGUUUUUUUACCCGCGCAAGGGUAAAUGAGCAACCUGGGCAACCUCAUCAUGAACGACAUCCCCUGGGAUUUCCCUGCAGACUGUUUCUUUUUGCUGAGUCCACUGGGCCGCCUCUAGAAGCUCCAUCUCAUCUUUGGCUGUCUCUCGGGCCAGCUGCAUAAGAUGCUGAGUGAGUGUGCGACAAGUCCCUCUGAAGGGCCAGGGGCCAGGAUCCCUGGAGUCUUCCCUGAACCCCGCUGCGUCGGAGCAGAGACAAGCCUGGAUUUCCAAUCCUGUGAGGCCGCAGAGUCACUGAGGACACAGACUGCAAG